UUUUGCUAUUUGUUAAUAAAUGUUGAUAUAUAUGUUUAUUGUAACACAAGAAAUCACUAAGAUUACUUAAAUUAUGUGUAUUGCCAAAGUCCCUUUGUCAUUCCUGUCAAAUUUUCUGUGCCCAUCUGAUAAUUAUUUCGUCAUGAUGAUGUAAUCCUUGAUGUAAACAGAAUUUUCAAAAGUUGUUUAGUUUCAAACAGGUUGAGGAAUAAUAUAACAGGUCCUUGAAUAACAGAAAUGUUUACAAUGAUCGUUAAACUGUUGCUUUUCAGCUCUGUAAUUAACACAGUUUAUAAUUGCUAUCAGUGCUUUAUUGAUGUCGACGACAGUCUUCGUUUGUGCUGGGGCCACGUUCUCACCGAAUACAAUAUAAGGAACGUAGACUCUUGUUUCAAAACACUCGAUCGCAUAUUCAACAAUGAAUCGAGAGUAAUUGAAGCAGGAAAAGUAGGGAGAGGCUAUGACUUGAUGCUGAAGAAUAUCUUGAUGGCUGAAAUUAUGCCUAUAGUGGAGGAAUUUGACCAGCAGAAAAAUUAUGAUACAGUUUAUGAGUCCAGGCUACAGGCAGCAGCAAACAAUUUCAUUGCUGCAGCCUCAAGGCUGCCCAGAGCAUCUGAAUGUUUCCCCCCAUGUGGUUUCCAGGUUCAAGGUGCUGUUUAUAACUGCGUGACCUGUCAGUACGACUCCUGUGAGUUCCCGCUGGAUUGCCCCGUGAAGGAAAUCAAAGUAAACGAGAACAACAGGACUCAGAUGUGGUGUAAGGUCCCUUUCCUGCUUCCCACAGAUGCAGAGAUAAUCUGGAGAUAUUCAGUGGAGAGAACGGUGUUGAUGGACCGGUUUGAUGAGGUCACGGUUGGAGUGGACCCACUUUACUUCAUCCCCUCUGCCCGGCCAGAGCACUCAGGCACCUACCAGUGUGAAAUAUUCUCCCAGGAGCACUCACUCGUCCGUAUCUACUACUACCUCACCGUCCCUUUGGCACAGAUAGGCCAUGCAGAACUACAGGGUGUCUUUGAACAGGCUCUCCUCCCAGGAGGCCGGUUCCCUCCCCUGUCCUCUACAGAUCCAUUUACCUUAUGGCUGCCCAGUCCUGCGCUUGUCACCACCUGUCUGACUGCAAUGCUUCUGCUGGUCUUCUUAAGUCUAGGGGCACUACAUUGGUUAUCUUAUCAGACUGGGAACAAUGAGUGUGAUCCAGCCCAGGAAACAAAACUCACAGAAAAGAAGAAAUAUUUGAUUCACUGCUAACAACAGAAAUGCAAUAAAAUAUUAAGGCACAA